AUGCCUCCACCUUCCAAAGGCACAAGCGAUGGCGCAUCCGACGACCAUCACAAACGCACUUCGCCAGCACCGCCUCGUCCUUCCAGCCUCUCGCUAAGAGCACCUCGAUCAGCAAGCGUACAGCAGCUCGUAUCAAGAUGGGAAGCUCAACCGGAUCCUUCUUCAUCCACGUCCCUCACAUCGUCCAAAUCGGCUGCUCCACCACCGAUCAGCUCAGCGCUCACGUCCACAAGCACCGACUUUGGACCCGCACCAGCGCAUCGCGCCCUCCUCGCCAAUGCUGUCAAUGCCACAAACGGUACACUCGGCCCACUCGAUUGGACGCCCAAGUACGGCCUGCCUUCGGACCCACCUCGUCCGCCAGCAUUGCGCGUCACCACAAAGCCUUCAGUACCAGCAUCGCCCAGGUCACCAAGCAGACCAAAACCGUUCUCAGAUUCAAAUAAAGUCUCUCCCGCCAAUCCUCACCAGCGACGUCACCUCGUGCCUCUUCGAUCAGUCCAACCUGCUCAGACAAUACCUUCUCCUGUCUCUCCCUCUCCCGACAGCGCUCUCCCUUCUCGAGCCGAGCGACCACCUGCAUCACCUUCAGCCUUCUCGCCAACAACGCAUGACACUUCCUACACGCUACAGUCCACCGUCGACACCAUCGCAUCCAACACUCCACUCGUGCGCAGCAAAGCUGCUCCCAAAUCCGACCCCAUUCAUAUCUCUGAACAUGGUGCCUCCCUUAUACCAGCUGCUCUCCCUCCGCACACCUCAGCCUCGUUCCAUUCAGACCAACACUCUUCCAAAGCGCCGCUUUCAGCUAGCGUACGCAUCUCCCAACCAGCAACCUCAAAUGAGCGUACCAAUCUCCGAGCCCCCAGGGAGGGCCUUGCCAGACCUUCCUCCAAUGCGCACAUCUUUGAUCUCGACGCUAAGCUCCGACUCGGAACUAGCAAGUACCUCCCUUCCUCCUUCCGUGACAAUAUACCCGCACGAGCUGCACAGAUACCCGAGCGUUCCAGCUCCCACCUCUCCGCUCCUUCUCCCGCAACGCCGAGCGGACAAGCCAACCAAGAUUGGUCUGCAGAAGAUCCAAGCAGCAUUCCUUUGCUUCCAGCAACUUCGACUCAGGAACUACCCCUGAUCAGCUCGUCUGUCAGAGCACAGGCGACUUUGUGGAAAGAUCUCGUAUCUAACGAGAUCGCCCAGGGCGCAGUAUGCUCCCUCGUAGACGCCGACGCGCUUCCUGUUGCCGCUGACGACGUCUUCUGCAGGGACGCUGCUCUCAUUCACCUUCCCGCCUUGGAAGAGUACCUCAGAAACCCUUUCGUCUUUGGCGAACCCAUCUUUUCCGAUUCCGACUUGGUCUGCACUGAUCAGGAGAAGCAGCUCUUUGGCCUGGAUCCACAGUUCAUGAUCGAUGCUGCAUCACCGUCUCCGCAAACCUCUCGAAUUGGCGCCCUCGACACUGAAAAGUCCAAUCCGAGCAAGUCUCGAACAAAGUCCAAGCUGCCACAGCUCGAGGUGGCCGGAGGUCAGAUCAACUGCCCCGCUCUACUCUACACUUCCAGUGUCGACUCACCCACGACCUCCAACAAAGACGAGAGUCUCAGGCGCCGUCGAGGAGCUCGUACCUCCCAGCAACUGCCAGCAGAUACGCAGCCGUCCAAGACCAAACGUCACAAGCACAGCAGCACGUCGCAUACCGACGAGAUGGAUCCUUUGCUUGCUGUCGCCACUGGCGGCAAGAAGAAGAGCCGGGAUGACGACCCAGACGAUCCAGCUGACGACAUGACUGUCGUAGACGCUAGAGAGGACCGCGAACUCGAAAGCGAUGAUGACGCUACGCUCAAGGCUGAUGACGCUCUCCAAGCACAAAAGGUGGCCAGCCGCAUCUCGGCUCGUGUCGCCGAGAGCAAGGUUGCGGGCAAUGGAAGUGCACUUCCAUCCGAAGGUGUAUCCAGCAAAUUCUCUACCCUCUCGAAUCCGGUGACGCGCAAGCACAUGUUCCCGCCUCUCAUGCUCCUCAAGAAGAACAAUCUCGACGAACUCAAGUCCAAUGCCAUCGGUCCUCGCAGACCUCCAGGUGGCAUCUGGGCUAUCGGCUGGCUGGGCAUCAUUUUCGACACCGUCAUUGGCGUGGAAGGUAGCACUUUUGCUGCCGGCAUCCUCCGUCUCGAAUCGCUCCGAGAUCUCUUCCAGAUCAUGACGGUCCAACUUCAUUUCCAGCGCUACUUUGACAGCAGCGAUCCCACUUCCACUACGAGCAAGUUCUUCAAGUUCCUUCUCCAGACACUUCCUGCCUUUCUCGGUUUCGACCUUGUCUCGGUGUUUGGCUACGCCGUCAUCUUUUUCGUCGUCUGGAUCGUCAUCACCGCCUUGGCUCUCUGGCGAUUCUGGCGCAUGACCAAGGCGCACAACCCCAACAAGACCGUCGAAGGCUACGACUCGCAGGGAUGGAUCUACAAGAGCGCUUCUCGAGGAACACGCUUCGCAAACACAUGCUUGGUCUUCGUCCUGGGUCUUCUCUACCUGCCGCUCAGCAAGCUGGCCGUCGAUGCUCUCGUCUGGUCGAGCGACUUUUGGCCUGUGCCCAAUCCGUACAAGGGCGGAAUCGACGAUCCGGUGCCCGGUCCUCUGCUGGGCGACCCCGAUCUCUGGCAUGCUCCGCUCGACUUUUGCUACACAACCACCAUGCGCAAAGAUGCAUUCAACUGGGCUUACGUUAUAUUGCCGCUUGCGGUCCUCACCAUCAUCUUCUACACGCUUUGGUAUCCCUACAAGCUGAUGAUGACCAUCAAGGAGAUGCUGCCCAAUGUCAGCAAGUUCAACGAGCUCGGCAGGAAACGGAGCGAAGAAGAGAUGCAGAUCUACUACCAUCGCCUUCUCAAUCGCGACAAAUCGCCCUUCAACUUUCUCUACAACUCGUACCAUCGCAAAUGGGGCUACUACAAGCCGCUCUACAUUUUGUUGUUUAAGCUCUCCAAUCUGCUCAUCAUCGGUGUGCUGGCCAAGGACAACUGCCUCUUCCGAUCGUUCCGUACGAGGACCAUGCUGGUCGUUCAGCAGGGCGCACUCAUAGCCGUCAUGGCAUCGUUGCUCGGAGUGCAUCUCAUAAUACGACCCUUUGUCGACAAGAUUGGAAACCGAUCCGAAAUGGUCUCGCGUAUCGGCUACGUUUUGACCGCCACCAUUGGUCUGCUCGUGGCCCUCAAUGUGCAGGGUUCUACCGUCUACAACACUACGAUCCUUUACAUCAUUCAAGGCUUUACCUACGGUGGAAACAUCUAUUUUGCCCUCUUGGGCAUGUCGUUCGUCGCUCACCAGGUCAAACGGUGGCAGAGUCGUGUCGACUAUACAAUCGACAUUUUCUCGCCCUUGCUUGACAUCACCAAGCACAUCAAGCGCCGUGUGUGGGAAGAGACGCUGUCGAUUCUGAUCCUAUGCGGUCGAGAGUACCACAUGCCGCUCGAACAGGUCAUUGCCUUUUCCGUGUCCGACGAGGACAAAUGGCCGCCUUACCUGAUCGACUUCCAGGGCUCCGUGGCAGAGCGUCACAUCGAAAACCUCAAGGUCGUCAAGCAGAUCGGCAUCGAGGCUUACCGAAGCGAGGUCGACAUCUCUCGUACAGAAGAAGGUGUCUAUCGGCAGAAACUCAUCCGCACCAUACAAAGAGACUAUACGGGUCCCGAUGCCUACUGGCGACCACAGGAGCCGCCUUUCCCGUCUGGUGUCAUGUCGUUCUUCGGCAAAGCUUUCAUGGUGCCUUUUCCGCCUACGCUUGUUGUGCGCUACGACGAAGGUGGUGACCACAGCUUGACAUUGUCUCGAGUGGAAGAUUUUGAAGCUUUCAUCCAGCAAAACUCGGAUGCCGAGAUCGUCGGCAAAAGGAUGGUGCGGCAAGCCUUGCGCGCAUUGGAAGGUCAGAAGGUGCUGUGUCCGUACGUCUCGUCGGUGCAAAUUGGCGAUCCCACCAGUGGACUGGCCUUUGUCGACAAGAUGUUUGGGCGUAUCUCGGACCGUCGCAAAGCUUUACCAAGAUUUGGAAGGCUCGGAUCCGGUGGCGGUCGGUCAGAGUACGUGCUUGCGACGCCGAUCUCGUACGUAGAAGGUACAGUCAAGAUUGAAAGGCGCAACGAAUUCAACUGGGCCGGCUACAAUUUCGACGGUGGAUUCGAGGUCUCGAUCGUCUACGAGGACGGCAGGAUGAAGGAGACCUCGGGAGCUAUCACUUUGGUGCGAAGGCGACUCGAGGUGAGCGCGUCACGCGUCCUUGGUCUCACCGAAGACUUUGACAUGAACCCCACCCUCUCGCGCUUCCUGCAAGACAAUGAACGGCUGGUCAUCGACCGUGCACCUCUGGUGGAGAAGGUGCUACGCAAGUACCGACGUCAUUUCGAGCGCGAAGCGCUGUGGAAGGAGCGUGUGCUUCCUUAUUCCUUCUUGACGGAUGUCUUUGACAAUGACGGACUCAGUCCUUUGGGUCUGCGCAUGGCGUUGGUCGAAACGGGAUGUGGACGGAGCAUGCGCAACUUGCCCAUGGAGUACGAAGGAAGCAUCACGCUGAUGUACGAGCGAUUGGCGGCUAUCAAUCGCUCGCCCGCCCAUCGCUUUUGGUGGAUCUUCUUUGAUGAGAUCUGGCGGCUAAACAGUAACGACUACAGCCUGUUGCGCAAGUACAGACGCAGCUUUUCGCCGCAGUAUCCGACAUCGAUCGCCUAUCGUCCCAUGCCAAGGCAAGAUCUGGAGGAGUUUUUGCGCAAACGUGGCCUGUGGAAGAAGAAAGGCGCCAAGGGAGGGCCAUUCAACCGGGGUCUGUUGAACCGGAUCUACUUUUCACUCAACGAGAUCGUCUUUGCGGGCCAUUCCGAUGCACGCGCGGUCAAUCCGCGAAGAGGCUGGUCCGACCAACAUCACCGCAAAGGUGGCCGAGUGUCCGACCCUCGCAAGGACGAAAAUCCUUUCUUGGACCCGGUCGACUCUGACCUGCGGCGAGCAGCAACGAUCAAAGUCGGUCUGGGUCACGAUGCGACGCAAGCAACACGACGAGAUUUCUCGACGAUCGACGACGAUCCUUCGCACUCAUCUCAGCUCACGUCUUCCUCAGCUGCGCUAUCACCCGGUGCGCACCACCAAAAGGAAGAAAGAUCAUGGGGGUUGACGGCCAACCCGUCGAUCACGCCUUCGCAGUACACGGGUGGUGGCACCGCCUACUCGAACGACAGCGUCAUCGUCCGCACCGCCUACCGAUGGGAGCAACGCAUGGACGGGUACGCGACGGACACACCCUGGCAGCGGUUCAAGGUGAGAUCGUUGCAGUGGCUAUCGCUGCAUCCAGUAGUGGUCAAGUUUGACCGCGAAAAGCUGUACCUUUACCUCAAGCUCGUGGAGGCGCAAGGCGAGGAUGGGAAGAGGGUGAGGAGGUACGAGCUGCUCAAACCGGCUUGUAGGCCGACGUGA